AGUCAUUUCCGUCCGCCGAGGAACCGCGAGCAGUCGGCCGUGUUGCGGGCAGAGGGUCUCUAAGGAGGACCUCCCAGGUCGGAAGUGGCGCCCGGGCCCGAGCGGCGGGCGGGGGCCGGCACCCAGGAUGGCCGGGUUGGAGGCCCAGGGCCGCCUAUGGCUCGAGUGUCCCCCGGGGGGGGCACCCCCCAUCUUUCUACCUUCGGACGGGCAAGCCCUCGUCCUGGGCCGGGGACCCCUGACGCAGGUUACGGACCGGAAGUGCUCCAGAAACCAAGUGGAGCUGGUCGCAGAUCCUGAAGCUCGGACAGUGGCAGUGAAACAGCUGGGCGUUAACCCCUCGACUGCCGGGACCCAGGAGUUGAAGCCUGGUUUGGAAGCCUCUCUGGGAGUGGGAGACACGCUGUAUUUGGUCAAUGGACUCCACCCGCUGAUCCUCCGCUGGGAAGAGACCCGCACACCGGGAUCCCAGCCCGAUACUCCACCUGGCACCCCUCCAGUGGCCCCAGACGAGGAAGUCGCUGAGCCGCAGAAAAAGCAGAUGCGGAAGUCAUCCCCCGGCUGGGAGGACUUGGAGAAGUUGCUGGUGUUCACCGCCUCUGGGCUGAAGCCCCGGGGCAAGGUGGCCAGCUUUGAUCUGGAUGGGACCCUCAUCACCACACGCUCUGGGAAGGUCUUCCCCACUGGCCCCAGUGACUGGAGGAUCUUAUACCCAGAGAUCCCGCGCAAACUCCGAGAGCUGGAAGCUGAGGGCUACAAGCUGGUGAUCUUCACCAACCAGAUGGGCAUCGGACGCGGGAAGCUGCCAGCUGAGGAGUUCAAGGCCAAGGUGGAAGCUGUGCUGGAGAAGCUGAGGGUCCCCUUCCAGGUACUGGUGGCCACGCACGCAGGCUUGAACCGCAAGCCAGUGACUGGCAUGUGGGACCAUCUGCAGGAGCAGGCCAACGAGGGCGUGCCCAUCUCCAUCAGCGACAGCAUCUUCGUGGGCGAUGCAGCCGGCCGCCCAGCCAACUGGGCCCCUGGACGGAAGAAGAAGGACUUCUCUUGUGCCGACCGCCUGUUUGCCCUCAACCUUGGCCUGCCCUUCGCCACGCCGGAGGAGUUCUUCCUGAAGUGGCCCGUGGCCGGCUUCGAGCUCCCAGCCUUUGACCCGAGGACUGUCUCCCCCUCGGGGCCUCUCUGCCUCCCGGAGUCCAGCUCCCUCUUGAGCUCCGACCCAGAGGUGGUUGUCGCCGUGGGAUUCCCUGGGGCCGGAAAGUCCACCUUCCUCAAGGAGCAUCUUCUCUCCCUUGGGUCUCCCAGCCCCAUUUGUGACCCCCUCUCCCUGUGUCCCCAGGACACGCUGGGCUCGUGGCAGCGCUGUGUGGCCAUGUGUGAGACGGCCCUAAAGCAAAGGAAACGCGUUGUGAUCGACAACACGAACCCGGACGCCCCGAGCCGUGCCAGGUACGUCCAGUGUGCCAGGGCCGCAGGCGUCCCCUGCCGCUGCUUCCUCUUCACAGCCACUCUGGAGCAGGCACGCCACAACAACCGGUUCCGCGAGAUGACAAACUCCUCUCACGCUCCCGUGUCCGACGUGGUCAUGUUUGGCUACAGGAAGCAGUUUGAGGCCCCCACGCUGGCCGAAGGCUUCGCGGCCAUCCUGGAGAUCCCGUUCCAGCUGUGCCUGGAGCCGAGGCUCGAGCGGCUGUACCGCCAGUUCUCAGAGGGCUGAGCCCAAGCCCACAAUAAACCUGCUUUUCCGGA